AUGCAGCUGUUAGAGGCUUCACCGACACAUAGACCAGGUUUUGAGUUCUCAACCACCGUCAUUUCCAUCGCAAUAUUGGUUUCCACCACCACAACAGCCCUUGCUGCCUCCGUUCGUACGCCGAAGGGCCCAGUAAAGCCUGACUCGUACAUUAUUGUGCUGAAAUCCGGUGAAAAUGUGGAACAUCAUAUCGAGGAUAUUGGUCGGAUAUCCGCCCGAAGCCCUGGGUCAAAAUUUUUACCCACCUACCGGUAUGAAAUCCUGAAUGGCUACUCCGCACACGCAACUGGAGCAACCCUUACUCACAUUCUCAGUUGCCCCGAAGUUGACUACAUCGAAGCUGACGACAUAACAUCCAUUUGCGAUGACCUCCAUGAAGCAAAUGAGGGGGGUGCGACAGAAUUCAACGAUGUCCCAGCCGAAAUGAGGGAUGACCAGCCAGGUCACCUCGACGGAUUUGGAGUGGAUAUUUUUUCGUUAGAUACGGGUAUCAAGAUUGAUGCACCCUACUUUGAGGGAAAUGCAUUUUUGGGUACUCCCUUUGGUUACCCCAACAGCUGGGAUGAUAACGGUCAUGGCACAGCGAUUGCCGCGAGAGUAGUGGGGAAUGGGUUUGGCAUGGCGACUGCGGCCAAUAUUGUUGCGGUUAAGGUUUUCAACUUUCAGGGCACGGGAUUUGCGACCGACCUAAUCGCAGGCAUCAUCUGGGCUUCCGUACAAUUUCAAUUGAAUGGUCGUCAUUCCAUCCUUUUGGUAGCCUGCAACUUCUAUCUCAAUUCGGCCGUUGAUGCAGCUGUCAGUGCUGUCAUCUCCCUUGGUUUGCACGUUGUAGUCGCUGCAGGGGACCAUGCGGAGGAUGCAGUGAUGUGGAGUCCUGCAUCCGUUGUUCAAGCUAUCACCAUUGGCGCUAUCGAUUGUUCAAACAAGAUGGCAUGGUUCUCCAACCACGGAUUUCUCGUCGAUGCUUUCGCCCCGGGGGUUGAGAUUGCAUGUCCUUCGAUCCACAGCCCGGACCCGUGGGCGACCACGUUUCACACCGGCACUGGCAUGUCAGCCGCGUACGUCACGGGUCAGUUAGCCAUUGCUUUAGGUCACAAACCUAAUCCGGUGUCUCCUACCGAGCUAAGCGCUGCCCUAACGGGCCAUGCUGUCGGAGACGUUACGGAGCAGCCAGAGGGAACUACGAAGUUGAGGACACAACUUUGGUGGCAGUGGUAG